AUGGCUUCCGCCGACGACAUCGCGACCACUCUCCUUCGCGGUGCUGCCCGCGAUGACCUACCUCUAGCCGACUACAUCCUGCGCAAAACACAAUACCUAUACGCCCUCAUCCUACUUACAGCUUUCGUAUCCGGUGCUGCUUGGUACAGCGUUAUCAACUCCAAAAAACAAGAGGAUCAAGUCCAUUCUACGAUCAAGGGCCCGGGAGGCAAACCGUUACCCAUCACCAAGAAGAAGAGCACUCGCGCCGAUGGUGAUCGUAAGAUUGGUCCCGGCUUCGGUCGUACCGCCAAGAACGUUUUCCGUUACCUCGCCUUUGUUGUCUUCUUGACAUACGUAGCCAGUGCUGGAUUUAUGUUUUAUCAUGCUUUCUGGGUUGAGGACCCUUACGAGUGGUCCCAGAAGGGGCUUCCGUGGGCUGGCGAAUGGAGUGUUGUCCACGUUACCGGCGCUCUAUUCUUUUACCUAUAUAUCCUCAUCUCCCUCUUCGACUGGCGCAAAGGCCCCAACAUCGUUCAUUUCGUUGUUUGGAUCUUGGGCUUCACUGGAGAGGUUGUUAUAUUCUCAACCACCGCAGUUGCUGCCGCUGAUUGCCACUUUUUCCGAUCUGUUAAAAAUAGCGGUUCAGAAAAGGAUGGAAACUGUGUCGAUUAUUGGACCAAGGUUGACCUCGUGUUCUACUUCGUUAGAAUCCUCCACCUACUCGCCUUAAUUGGAGUUUUCAGCUUGGCGUGGAUUCGUAAAGCUCGAGGUCUCGAUGAUAGGAAAAUUGAAGAGGCUCACCCGGCUGAAUCGACACCGCUCCUUAACGGGCAUCGCCGGUCCUACGACACUAAUGGCCAACUGGCUAACGGCCAACUGGCUAACGGCCAACUGGCUAACGGCCAACUGGCUAACGGCCAACUGGCUAACGGCCACACUCCCAACGGCCGAGAACCCAGCGGCCGGGAGACCAAUGGACGCCGUGGACGCGGCAGGACCAUUUCGAAUGCACACAAGACGCCCAGUUUCCCUAAGAAGGAAGAACCUGCUGCCUUUUAUCGACCCGAGAAGCUGCCACACAAGACAUGGUGGGAGUAUUUUAAGGGGUACUCUCUCUUCUUUCCUUACCUCUGGCCUAAGGACUCUGUCAAGCUUCAAAUCAAUGUCCUCAUUUGCUUCAUCUUGGUCAUGAUGCAGCGCUUGGUCAACGUCGCUGUUCCAAUGACCGUCAAGAAGGUUGUGAAUGAUCUUGGGGAGGUGAUAAAGCUAGUUCAGGAUGGAGAACGCCUCUCGAUGGACAACUUCCCAUUAAAAGAUUUCCUGAUCCUUGGGCUCCUGUGGAUUCUGCAAGGUCAAUCGGGACUUUUGGGCUCUCUCAGAUCUAUCCUGUGGAUUCCAGUCUCGCAAUAUUCUUACCGCGGACUAACAACAGCGGCUUUUAACCACGUCCACUCCCUCAGUCUCGAUUUCCAUCUUUCCAAGCGUACUGGAGAAGUUCUGUCGGCCCUCAACAAAGGCUCAUCGAUCAACCAAUUCCUUGAACAAGUGACCUUCCAGGUAUUCCCUAUGCUUUUUGAUCUUUUCCUCGCCAUUUCGGUUUUUUACUACCAAUACGGACCGCUGUAUGCUGAAAUCAAUCUUGUUGAUACUUGUUGGUAUCUUUACAUGACCAUCAAGAUGGCAUCGACUCGAGCUGAUCAGCGUCGAGAGAUGACAAACGCCGAUCGCGAAGAAGAAGCUGUCAAAAACGACUCGAUCUCUAGUUACGAGACCGUCAAAUAUUUCAAUGCGGAAGAGUUUGAGUCAUGUCGUUACCAAAGCAAGGUUGCUGUUUUCCAAGGCGCUGAAGCCAAGGUUCAGAUGGGCAUGAUGAUGAUGAACAUCUGCCAGACCGUGGUUUUCAACCUCGGUAGAAUCAUCGCGGCAUUAGUAUGCGGUUGGCAGGUCGCUAUGGGCCUUCGUAGCACUGGUGACUGGUUCAUGGUUGUCGCUUACUUGACACAGCUCCAGGGACCUCUCAACUUCUUUGGUACUUUCUACAGGACGGUCCAGCAAGCCAUGAUCUCCGGCGAGAGGUUACUCGAGCUUUUCAAAAUCCAACCAACAGUGGUAGACACUCCCCAUGCUGUUCCGCUAAGCAAAGAUUUCCAAGGCCAUGUGCGCUGGAAUAACGUUAGCUUCUCGUAUGACCGACGCAAGCCCGCGCUACGCAACAUCUCUUUUGAAUGUCUGCCUGGCACCACAACAGCUUUUGUCGGCGAGUCGGGUGGUGGCAAGUCGACAUUGUUUCGCCACAUGUUCCGUUACUACGAUUGCGACGAGGGAUCUAUCGAACUGGACGGCCGCAACGUCAAAGACUUGACCAUCAACUCGGUCAGAGAAGCGAUUGGCGUCGUUCCUCAGGAUACGACCCUCUUUAACGAGACACUGAUGUUUAAUCUCAAGUACGCAAGGCCUUCUGCCACGGAAGAAGAAGUCUUCGCCGCUUGCCGGGCAGCUAGCAUUCAUGACCGCAUUCUCUCCUUCCCCGAUCAGUACAACACACAAGUUGGAGAACGUGGUCUCCGCCUGAGCGGUGGCGAAAAACAGCGGGUUGCGAUCGCACGGACAAUUCUCAAGGACCCUCGUAUCAUCAUGUUGGACGAGGCCACAUCCGCGCUGGACUCUCAUACCGAACAGGAGAUUCAAGACAAUGUGUGGAGUAUCGGGCAGGGCCGUACUUUGCUCAUCAUUGCACACCGACUAUCAACUAUUACGCACGCCGAUCAGAUCGUCGUUCUGAACUCGGGAACAAUCGUCGAGAAGGGCACCCACGAAGAACUUCUGGCGGCCAAAGGACGAUAUGCUUCAAUGUGGGAGAAACAGAUCAGAGCUGAACGUGCUCUGGAUGUUGCUCGUGAGGCGCAAAUGAAGGCCGCAAAAGCCGUUCGCAAGGCGAAGAUGGCCCCCAAAAGGAACUCUGACGCUGCUAUUGACAGCUUUGGAUCACCCGGAAGCCUGUCUGGUACCGGCUCUCAAGGUCAUGGGGAUGACACACACACUUCUUCAUCCUCAUCCUCGGACACAGAAUCAAGUCACAGCGAAGAGCACUCAAGAGAGCGUGAGCGCAAGUAA